AUGAGUGAUAUUAUUCUAUCGUCGAGCAACAAAUGCUGGCUAGUAGUUAUUUAUAAUUAGAUGUAGUCUAUCCGUUUAUGGGAUGUUAAGACAGGAUAAUAAAAAGCCAAAUUAGAUGGUCAUUCGGUAGGAGUUUCUCCUGUCAAUUUCUCACCUGAUGGAAAUACAUUAGCUUCUGGUAGUGAUGAUAACUCUAUUCGUCUUUGGAAUGUAAAAACAUCAAAGGAAAUACUCCAAUCAGAUAGUAGCUAUAAAGAUUUGCUUUCCUAGUUCAACAUACCUCUUCAGAAUAGCUCCUUAUUGCCAAAUGGUAUUUAUUAUUAAUUAUUAUUUAGUUAAUCCUUAUUGUACAAUACUUAGAAUCUGUUAGAAUCCUUUGUUUCAAGCAUCAGGAACACUUAUCUUACAAGGACAAUUCAUGAAUUAUUAAGGAAUAGAUUUAAAACCAUUGUUCAAAUCCAAAGGAAGUUGCUUUUUAGAAGACUUAAAGCAAAAGAAGUGA